UCCCGAGUCCCCACCGACCGCCACCUCGCCAUCCUCCUCCCUUGUCGCGCACACUUCCCACUCCUUUCCGCUUCCCAUGGCGAUCGCCGGCGGCGCGGCCCUCCGCCGCCGCCUCCUCCUCGUCGCGGCGGCCGUCUGCCUGCUCUCCGCCGCCUCCCCCGCGCGCGCCUUCUACCUCCCCGGCGUCGCCCCGCGCGACUUCCAGAAGGAUGAUGAGCUUCAAGUUAAAGUCAACAAACUUUCAUCUACAAAGACACAACUUCCAUAUGACUACUAUUUCCUGGACUACUGCAAACCCGAUGCAAUUAAGAACAGUGCUGAAAACUUAGGGGAAGUCCUUCGUGGGGAUCGCAUUGAAAAUUCUGUCUACAAUUUUAAGAUGAGGAGGGAUGAGACUUGCAAGGUUGUCUGUCGAACAAAGCUUUCUCCAGAAGCUGCAAAGAAUUUCAAAGAAAAGAUUGAUGAUGAAUAUCGAGUAAACAUGAUUUUGGAUAAUCUCCCAGUUGUGGUGCCUAGACAAACAAGGGAAGGAAGCCAAACACCGAGCUUUGAGCAUGGUUAUCGAGUUGGUUAUAAGCUCAAGGAUGACAAGUAUUAUAUCAACAAUCACUUGAGUUUUAAAGUCUUGUAUCAUGAAGAUCAAAACUCUCCUGAGGCUCGUAUUGUUGGCUUCCAUGUGAUUCCUAGCAGCAUUAAGCAUGAAUAUGGUUCUUGGGAUGACAAGAACCCUACAGUGCAAACUUGCAAUGCUAACAAUAAGAUUACUCCUGGUAGCCACACGCCUCAAGAUGUGGUUCCUGAAACAUAUGUUGUAUUCUCUUAUGAUGUUACCUUUGAGGCUAGUGAGAUCAUAUGGGCAUCUCGUUGGGAUGUCUAUCUUCUUUCCAGUGAUAGCCAGAUCCAUUGGUUCUCAAUCAUUAACUCAUUGAUGAUUGUCCUUUUCCUUUCUGGCAUGGUUGCCAUGAUCAUGAUGAGAACUCUUUACAAGGAUAUUGCAAACUAUAAUCAGCUUGAUAACCAGGACGAGGCCCAGGAAGAAACCGGGUGGAAGUUAGUGCAUGGUGAUGUCUUCAGGCCACCUGUCCACUCAGGUCUCCUUUGUGUUUAUGUUGGAACUGGUGUGCAGUUCUUUGGAAUGACGGUGGUAACCAUGAUGUUUGCGCUACUUGGAUUCUUGUCCCCUGCGAACCGUGGUGGACUAAUGACAGCUAUGGUACUUCUGUGGGUAUUCAUGGGUGUAUUGGCAGGAUACACCUCAUCUCGCCUAUAUAAGAUGUUCAAAGGCACUGAAUGGAAGAAGAUCACCCUCAAGACUGCCUUUAUGUUUCCUGGUAUAAUCUUUGCAGUCUUUUUCUUCCUAAAUGCCCUGAUCUGGGGUGAGAAAUCAUCAGGUGCAGUUCCUUUUGGAACAAUGUUUGCUCUGUUCCUCCUUUGGUUUGGCAUCUCUGUGCCGCUAGUCUUUGUUGGAAGUUUCUUGGGCUUCAAACAGCCAGCCAUUGAGGACCCAGUGAAGACAAACAAGAUUCCCAGGCAAAUUCCUGAGCAAGCAUGGUACCUGCAGCCAGCUUUCUCAAUACUUGCUGGGGGCAUAUUGCCCUUUGGUGCUGUCUUCAUUGAGCUCUUCUUCAUUCUGACAUCAAUCUGGCUGAACCAGUUCUACUACAUAUUUGGCUUCCUCUUCAUAGUCUUCGUUAUCCUCAUCGUUACCUGUGCUGAGAUCACGAUUGUUCUCUGCUACUUCCAACUAUGCAGCGAGGAUUACCACUGGUGGUGGAGGGCAUACCUGACUGCUGGCUCGUCAGCGCUCUAUCUUUUUGCUUAUGCCAUCUUCUACUUCUUCAACAAGUUGGAGAUCACUAAGCUUGUUUCAGGCAUCCUAUACUUUGGUUACAUGCUGAUCAUCUCAUAUGCUUUCUUCGUGCUGACUGGUACCAUUGGCUUCUACGCAUGCUUCUGGUUCGUGAGGAAGAUUUAUGCUUCUGUGAAGAUCGACUGAUGAAUCUUCGUCUACUGCCUAGCCAAUGUUUUGCUACAAUGUCAUACAUGGUGCCUCCCAAUUAACAUAUAUAAAUGAAACUGGGAUGUGGGAUCGGAUUCGAUGGUUUUUGGUAGAUCAUGUAGUCUGGUAGGAGUAAGAAUUGCCUGAUGUUCAAGAGAGAUAUUGAUACACCCUGUAGCGUGACAUGGAUUUUGUAACUCUUGAGAUGUGUUUUGAGUGCUUGUAAUAUUCCAUGUCUCUUUAUCUUAUGUCGCAGCGAUAAUUUGCUAAAAAUUGCAGAUGAGGGAGUACUACAUGCUAACCAUGGUUCAUUUCUAGUUCA